UUCAACUUUAUAUUUAUUUAUACCCUUUUAAAAAGUACACAAAACCUUUUUAAAAUCAUCUGUUCAAUGUUCAGCCUUUUCCCAACAACAAACAAUAACAAUAAUAAUUCUGAGGAAAAAGAUUUUUGUAGUAAAAGACGAAUUGUAGCUGUUAGAAAACUUUCUAUGGGACAUCAAAGACAAUCCGGAGAUGAAAGAAAAUUUGCUAGUAGUUUAAGUCCGGAUAAAGCUAGGGCUGGACAUCGAAGACUUUCAAUUCCUGAACGCUCUUUACUUAAUGCUAAUUAUGCAAUUCUUCGUAAAAGUAUUGACCGUUUUGAAGUUGUUGGGUCUUUUCAUAGUUGCCAUUCUGAAGCAUAUCGAAAUUUUCUUCAGUCACUAAGUUGUUAUGAUUUAUCCUCUGUCCAUACAAUGAUUGUAAUGAUGGAUUCUGAACUUCAAAUUCAAAAAGCUGUUCAAUUACUCAGUUCACAUAUGGCCCCCCGUUUUGCAGUAAUUGCAAAUGCUAGAGUUGACGGUCAAUGGGCCCCAUUUACAGUGACAGACUGUCUGUUGGCUUUAAGCCAAGCACAUCGUAAAUUAGAUGGCCAAUUGGGUGAGCAAACUCUUCGCUUUUUUAUUGAACAAAUUCAAAAUGGUAGACGUUUAAUUUCCGUUGAUGACCAGACUUGUGCUUGGGACUUGGCACGCGUUUUUGCAUUAAAUCGUGUCCAUCGAGUUCCUGUAUUUAAUGUUGAAUCAUUUGAAUUAGUUGGAGUACUUAGUCCUCGCCAAAUAACCCAAGAAUUGUUAAAACUAGUUUCUUCUGGUUGUUCUUUAUCUCCAGAUUUAAAAUCAAUAACUCUUGGCUCUCGUCUUAUUGGAAUUUGGGGAGGGCCAGAAAGUAUAGCAACAAUUAAAGAAGGCCAAAGUUGUGCUCAAGCAAUUGAUUUAUUUUUAGAAAAGCAAGUUUCUUCACUUCCUGUACUUUCUUCUAAUGAUGGAAGUCUUUUGGGUGUUUUAGACAAAAAUGGACUUUUGGAUAGGCUAUUUGAACAUUUAGGCUCUCAUCAAACACCUGAACGUUGUUUUAGACUUAUGGAGGAAACUCCUGUUGAGGAUUUACUUUCCCAAACAAGACGUAGAACUGUUUCUCCUAAUUGUUCUGUUGUUGAUGCUAUGCGCAUUUUAACGGAAGAUAAUCUCAUUAGUUCUUUAUUUAUUACCGAGCCAACCUCAUCAUCUCCUUCCUCACCAAAGUCAACAAAUAAUGAAAAAGGAGAACGUUUAUGUGGUGUUAUUUCACAUACAGACAUUCUUAGUUUUGUUAUUAAUAAUGACUCACAAUAAUAUGUAGAUUUUAGAAAGGUGCUCCUUUUUAGAGCUGUCCGAGACUCUUGGUCUUGACUCAAAACUUUUCUUGGGGUUUUUCGGUCUCGGACAGCUCUACCCCUUUUGUGUUUAUUUAUUCCAAGAGAUAGACAGAAUAUAAUUAAUUUUAAAAAAUAGGGGAAGGG